AUGUCUUCUAAAGUCGCUCAAUUCGAACAAACUAUCUCCAAGGAUCAUCCAAUCUACAAGCCUGAAAAAGGUAGAUACUGGCUAUAUUUGUCUGCUGGGUGUCCAUUUGCUCAACGUACCUGGAUUACUAGAGCUGUUAAGAAUUUAACAGAUGUAAUCGGUGUUACUGUUGUUCAUUGGAAAUUGGAUGACCUAAGCUGGAAACUUGUCUCUGGUGAUGCUUCAAAGCUUAGCGAUAGUCCACAUUCUAUUGAUGGUGGUAUCAUUAGUUCCAAGAACGAUUCUUCAACCUUAUUUGGUGAUUUAAGUGAUAAUAAUGAGGUUCCCUUCGUUGAUGGUACUGUUGAUCCAAACUAUGGUAUAACUAGUAUUAAGGAAUUAUAUGAUAUGAUGCCAAAUGUUGAAUAUACUGGUACUCAUGAAUUUCCAAUUUUAUGGGAUUUAAAGACUAAGACUAUAGUCAAUAACAAUUGGGAUCAACUUCCAGGUAUUUUGAACAGUGCUUUUGCCGAUUUACCUGAAACUCAAGGUACUAUCGAUUUAGUUCCUGCUUCAAUUUCUAAGGAGGUUAAUGAAUUCAAUGAAUGGUUAUCUCCUCAUAUUAACUUUGGUGUUUAUGAGGUUGGUUUAGCCACUAAACAAGGUGUUUAUGAAAAGAAUCUUGUCCAAUUCUACAAGGAUCUAGAUACCGUUGAAGAGAAACUGAAGACUGUUUACAAGUCACUAGAGAAAGAAUAUGGAUCUGACAAUCAAGAAGAAAUUUUGAAGAAAUUUUUCUUAUUCAAUGGUCAAUUGACUGAAAGUGAUAUCAGAUUAUUCGCUACUAUCAUUAGAUUUGAUCCAGUUUACGCUAUUCAUUUCAAAUUGAAUUGGAAAACUAUUAGAAAUGACUACAACUACAUUCAUUUGUGGUUAAGAAACUUGUAUUGGAACCAUAAGGAAUUCAGUGCCACAACUAACUUCAACCACAUCAAGUUGUUGUAUUACCGUUCCCAAUUAGAGGUUAAUCCAAACGGUUUAGUUGUAUAUGGUCCAGAAAAGGAUAUCUUAGAGCUAUAA